CCUCGACUUCUCCACCCAGGUGAAUUCCUCGUCCCUCAGCUCGCCGACAGGACGUGGGCCCAUGGCUGCGUCCUCACUGCACCCGUCGCUCGGACCGGCCAUCGGCUCCCCCGGCCAGCUGCACUCUCCUAUCAGCACCCUGAGUUCCCCCAUCAAUGGCAUGGGCCCACCCUUCUCGGUCAUCAGCUCGCCCAUGGGCCCCCACUCCAUGUCCGUGCCUGCUGCACCCACCCUGGGCUUCGGCACAGGCAGCCCCCAGCUUAACUCACCCAUGAACCUGGUCAGCAGCACGGAGGACAUCAAGCCCCCGCUGGGCCUGAAUGGUGUCCUCAAGGUCCCCGCCCACCCCUCAGGGAACAUGGCUUCCUUCACCAAGCACAUCUGUGCCAUCUGUGGGGACCGCUCCUCAGGCAAGCACUACGGGGUGUACAGCUGUGAGGGCUGCAAGGGCUUCUUCAAGCGGACGGUGCGGAAGGACCUCACCUACACCUGUCGGGACAACAAAGACUGCCUGAUUGACAAGCGGCAGCGGAACCGGUGCCAGUACUGCCGCUACCAGAAGUGCCUGGCCAUGGGCAUGAAGAGGGAAGCUGUGCAGGAGGAGCGGCAGCGGGGCAAAGACCGCAGCGAGAACGAGGUGGAGUCCACCAGCAGUGCCAACGAGGACAUGCCCGUGGAGAAGAUCCUGGAGGCCGAAGUGGCUGUGGAGCCCAAGACAGAGACGUAUGUGGAGGCCACUGUGGGGCUGACCCCCAGCUCGCCCAACGACCCCGUCACCAACAUCUGCCAGGCAGCGGACAAGCAGCUCUUCACCCUGGUGGAGUGGGCCAAGCGGGUGCCGCACUUCUCAGAGCUGCCGCUGGAUGACCAGGUCAUCCUGCUGCGGGCGGGCUGGAACGAGCUGCUCAUCGCGUCCUUCUCACACCGCUCCAUCGCCGUGAAGGACGGUAUCCUGCUCGCCACCGGCCUGCACGUCCACCGUAACAGCGCCCACAGCGCCGGCGUGGGCGCCAUCUUUGACAGGGUGCUGACGGAGCUUGUGUCCAAGAUGAGGGACAUGCAGAUGGACAAGACGGAGCUUGGAUGCCUGCGCGCCAUUGUGCUCUUCAACCCCGACUCCAAGGGGCUCUCAAACCCAGCGGAGGUGGAGGCGCUGAGGGAGAAGGUCUAUGCGUCCCUGGAGGCCUACUGCAAACACAAGUAUCCUGAACAGCCAGGCAGGUUCGCCAAGCUCCUGCUCCGUCUGCCCGCCCUGCGCUCCAUUGGCCUCAAGUGCCUGGAGCACCUCUUCUUCUUCAAGCUCAUCGGGGACACGCCCAUCGACACCUUCCUCAUGGAGAUGCUGGAGGCCCCCCACCAGAUCACUUAG